GGGUGUCCUAUGGGCACACACAGUGAGAUGGCAUAACUUGCUGCUGAAGACACCAACGGCUGGAUCAUGGAGGGAUUGGGCAGUAAUUGUGUGAACAACUCUUGGGGGAACUCCAGCCUGGACAGCAGGAACCAAAGUGGGAACAUCACCAGGGACCCUCUGAAAAGGAAUGAGGAGGUGGCAAAGGUGGAGGUGGCUGUACUGGCCGUCAUCUUGUUCUUGGCCCUGGCUGGGAACAUUUGUGUCCUGAUAGCCAUUCACAUCAACAGGCACAAGCAUUCCCGCAUGUACUUCUUCAUGAAACACCUGAGCAUUGCAGAUCUGGUGGUGGCCCUCUUCCAGGUUCUCCCCCAGCUCAUCUGGGAUAUCACCUUCAGGUUCUAUGCCCCAGACAUCAUGUGCAGGCUGGUCAAAUAUCUUCAGGUGGUGGGAAUGUUUGCUUCCACCUACAUGCUCCUGCUGAUGUCCCUGGACAGGUGUCUGGCCAUCUGUCAGCCCCUGAGAUCCUUACACAGAAGGUCGGACUGUGUCUAUGUCCUGAUCACCUGGAUCAUCAGCUUCCUCUUUAGUGUCCCUCAGAUCCUCAUCUUCUCCCUCGUGGAGGUGGGCAAUGGGGUGCAUGACUGCUCGGCUGACUUCAUCCAACCCUGGGGGCCCAAGGCUUAUAUCACCUGGAUUACUUUGUCUGUCUACAUCAUCCCAGUCCUGAUCCUCAGCAUCUGCUAUGGGCUCAUCAGCUACAUGAUUUGGCAGAACAUUCGCCUGAAGACAGUCUGUGAGAGUAACCUGAGGCUGAGCAGCAGCAGAAGAGCCACCUUGUCCCGGGUCAGCAGCGUCCGACUCAUCUCCAAGGCCAAAAUCCGCACAGUAAAAAUGACUUUCAUCAUAGUGUUGGCUUAUAUCCUAUGCUGGACCCCUUUCUUCUAUGUCCAGAUGUGGUCGGUCUGGGACCCUGAAGCACCGAAAGAAGCCUCCUUGUUCAUCAUCGCCAUGCUCCUGGGGAGCCUGAACAGCUGCUGCAACCCCUGGAUCUACAUGCUCUUCACCGGACACCUUUUCCACGACCUCCUGCAACGUUUCCUCUGCUGCUCAGCGCGAUACCUGAAGUCCAAGCAGCAGGCCAGCGACCUGAGCGCCAGCCGGAAGAGCACCUCCUCAACCUUCGUCUUGAGUCGGAAGAGUUCCAGCCAGAAGAGCAUCACCCAGCCGUCAACAGCGUGACGCCCGGUGGUUCUUUUCAGGAGGGCCGAUGGGCCAGACAUGAGGGUGAACACAAAAGCU